AUGUCCUUCAGUGAACAGCAGUGCAAGCAGACAUGUGCACCCCCACCAUGUCUUCAGCAGACCAAAGAACAGUGUCAGGCACAGGCUGAGGUAGUGUGCCUCACCCAGCACCAGGACCCCUGCCAAGAGAAGGGCCUAGGACAAGCUCAAGAGGUAUGUGGCUCUCAGUGCCCAGAGUUAACCCAAGAAAGUUGCCCACAGCAAGUCCAAGAUCCAUGCCAAGACCAGUGUCUACCUCAGUGUGUGGAGCCAUGCCAGGAGUUAGCCCAGGCAACAUGUGUGGAGGUGAGCCCACAGAAAGCCCAGGAGAAGUGCUCACCCACUGGCAAGGGGAAGUAG